AUGAAGUACCGUCCGCCGUGGGAUGAGCCCUACAUCAUCGGGAUCGCGGGGUUCAGUGGUCUGGGCAAGACACUGGUGUCCCAGCAGAUCAUUGGCCGCAUCAACCAGCCGUGGACGGUGCUCCUUCUGUUUGACAACUUCUACAACCCUCUCACCCCCGAGGAGCUGGCCCAGGCGUUCGCCAACAACUUCGACUUCGACACCCCGCACCUGUACGACAUGGAGUACAUGAUCGAGACGGUGCGGGACUUGAAGCGGGGGAAACGCGUCCAGAUCCCCGUGUACUCGUUCACGACCCACAACCGCACCGACCGCGUCAUUCUGUUGUACGGGACCAACGUCAUCAUCAUUGAGGGAAUCUAUGCUCUCUAUGACCCUCGUCUUUUGGAAAUGAUGGACUUGAAGGUGUUUGUCGACACCGACCUAGACAUAUGCUUGGCCCGCAGACUCACCCGGGACAUCAUGACUCGCGGCCGGGAUUUGCCGGGGCUGUUGCAGCAGUGGGAGCGGUUUGUCAAGCCCAACGCGCUCAAGUUCGUGGCGCCGACGAUGGCCAACGCCGACUUGGUCAUCCCGAGGGGGCUAGACAACACGAUCGCCAUCGAUCUUAUGAUCAAACACAUCAAUACCCAGUUGGCGGCGAAGUCGCUAAAACACUUGGACCAAUUGCGCCGGUUGGGGAUGAACAUCGCCUUGCCGGAAGCCAACCUCCGGGUGUUGCCCCAGACGAACCAGGUGGUGGGCAUCAACCUGAUUUUGCUCGCGGAAGACACGUGCCGCGACGACUUCAUCUUUUAUUUCAAUCGCAUGAGCCGCUUACUUAUUGAGGAAGCGUGCCAGACGUUUUUCGCCGACUCCACCACUAAGGAAAUCGUCACCACUCCUGAUGGCUACCAGUUUACGGGAGUAAAAGAUACUCACGAACUCAUGAUUGUACUGGUAAUCCCGCUGGGGGACUGUUUCGAUACUAGUAUCCGUAAGGCGUUCAGGGGCACGCCCGUAGGGAAAAUGCUUAUCCAGCUGGACUCGACCACGGGGGAACCGCAAUUGCACUACCAGCUGAUUCCUAAGCAGCUGGCGAAACCGGUAAAAGUGAUGCUUGUCGAUGCGCAGAUCAUAUCGGGUGCCGCCGCGAUCAUGGCGAUCCAGAUCCUUGUUGACCACAAGAUUAAACCGGAGGAUAUCGUGCUUGUCACUUACUUGUGUACGGAGAUGGGGCUUCGACGUAUAUUCCACGCUUUUCCUGAAGUGAAAGUGGUGGUGGGCCAGUUGCUGAAGGCCGGUUCGCUAGCGCAAGAACGCUUCAUCGAUAAGAUCUAUUUUGGGAGUUAG